AUGGAUAUCCGCCAAAUCGAGGAUCAUUGUGCUAGUCUGUCAAUUACGGAGGAGGAGGUGUCUGGUCUAGAGGCGCCUGAUCCACCACCCUCGAGCGAUGCGCCGAUCCAUCAUAGAUUGGUUGGGCGGUUUCUCACCGAUCGUCCGAUCAAUUUCGACCAUAUGCAACAAGUCCUGGCGUCCGUAUGGCGGCCGGUGAUGGGCAUGCAGGUGGAGGCGUUAACGGAGGAGCUGUUCCUGUUUCGAUUCCCGCACCCUAAGGAUCUGCAGAGAGUCAUCGACGAUGGGCCUUGGUCGUUUGAAAAUCACACUCUGGUGUGCGAGCGUGUACCUCCAGAAUCGAGACCCGAAGAUGUCGAUCUCGACACAGUGACAUUUUGGGUACAGAUCCACGGGCUACCGGCGAUGUAUGCAUCACCAGAUUUCCUGACCCGAAUCGGUGAUUACUUAGGCUCCUUUGUCGCGAUCGACCCCAAUAAUUUCGGGGGAUCGUGGAAAGGUUUCUAUCACGUUAGGGCAAGGAUGCAGGUGGGGAUACCGUUAAAAAGGCGUAUGAGGCUCAUGCGCAAGGAUGGUUCCACGAAGGCUUAUGAAAAUGGUAUCUCACCUGAAUCGUUUCCAUUCGGUAGUUGGAUGCGUGCUGGACCAAGCAGGCAAGCCAAACCAGUCGGUGCAAAAUGGCUAUUACCGAAGGAUGCUACGUCAAUUCUGCCAUCAUCUCUGCCUGGGCCUUCGCCUCUGGAGCUGGUGACGAUACAGGAGAGCACUGGAGUUUAG